AUGUCCAAACUCAGACACACAAAGAGCGCGCUGUUCUCGCAGGGGUCACUUGAAUCACGCGCUCGUGCACAGCUCACCUGGACUUGCGAGCGAGAGGACACGGCGACGCACGGGACAGGUGCGCGAGAGGGUACAGCUGGAGACAUGGACCUGCUGUUCCGACUGCUGACACUGCUGGUGCUGUGUGCACUGCCCCACUGCUCCCAGGGACAAGUCUCGUCGCCCAGAAAAUUCCGAGCCAAAGUCCAGGGUCCAACCACAGUCCAUGUCUCCUGGAAGGAACCCCGAGGAGAGUUUGACCACUACAGAGUCCUCUACAGCUCAGGUGGUCCGGAUACUGAGGUCGAGGUUCCUAAACUCGACCCUAAAGUGGUGAUUGAAAACUUUGAGGCGUCUAAAGAAUAUAACUUUAACAUAUUUGCGGUGAAAGGCGAUGAAGAGAGCAAACCUCUGCAGGCCAAACUGGAAGCUCAGUCUGCGGUGGCCUCUCAGAGCAGCUCGAGAGUCAGCUCCACCACCGAGAACAACGAGAUCUCCGAAGAUGUGGAGGAGUUCAUGUGUAAGUCUCCGGCCAUCGCAGACAUCGUGAUCCUAGUGGACGGCUCAUGGAGCAUCGGGAGGAUCAACUUCAGACUUGUGCGGACCUUUCUAGAGAACCUGGUGAAGGCCUUCAGCGUGGACAUCGACAAAACCCGCAUUGGUCUGGCUCAGUACAGUGGAGAUCCUCGUAUCGAGUGGCACCUCAACGCUCACUCCACCAAACAAUCUGUGAUCGACGCCGUCAAGAACCUGCCGUACAAAGGAGGAAACACACUUACCGGUCUGGCUCUGACCUUCAUCCAAGAGAACAGCUUCAAGGCCGAGUCCGGGUCCAGACCUGGAGUCCCAAAAAUCGGGAUCCUGAUCACAGACGGAAAGUCCCAGGACGACGUGAUCCCCCCGGCUCGGAGCCUGAAGGAGGCGGGGAUCGAGCUGUUCGCUAUUGGGGUGAAGAACGCAGACGAGGCGGAGCUGAAGGGCAUCGCGUCGCCCCCUCUGGACACUCAUGUGUAUAACGUGGCGGACUUCAGUGUGAUGAGUGACAUCGUGGAGGGUUUGACGCGGACCGUGUGCGAGCGAGUGGAGCAGCUGGACCGCCAGAUAAAAGGGGGAGGAGCCCCGGCCACGCCCCCCUCUGCUGUGUCCCCGCCCACUGACCUUGUGACCUCUGACAUCACGGCGAGGAGCUUCACUGUGUCCUGGACCCACGCUCCUGGAGAGGUGGAGAAGUACAGGGUUGUCUUCUACCCAGCGUCUGGAGGCCAACCGGAGGAGAAGGUGGUCCUGGGCUCUCAGAACAGUGUACAUCUGGAGUACCUGAACUCGCUGACAGAAUACCAGGUGGCAGUGUUCGCCGUGUACCGCAGCUCGGCCAGCGUCGCUUUGAGAGGCAGCGCCACCACAUUGGCCUUGCCGAUGGUGAACGAGCUGGAGCUGUUCGACAUCACCCACAGCACCAUGAUGGUCCGCUGGAGGACCGCCGUCGGGGCUUCUGGGUACAUGAUCCUGUAUGCGCCGCUGACCGAGAGCGAGACGGCUGACGAGAAGGAGGUGAAGGUGGAGGCGUCGGUGACUGAGGUGGAGCUGGAGGCACUGACCCCCUCCACAGAAUACACGGUCACAGUGUAUGCCCUGUACGGCGAGGAGGCCAGUGACCCCAUGACCAGCCAGCAGACCACCUUGCCGCUGUUACCGGCCAUGAACUUGCGCUUCUCUGACGUCAGCCACAGUUCCAGCAGACUGAGCUGGGACGCCCCCUCCAAGAAGGUGUUGGGGUACCGUAUCAUGUUUGUGAAGACGAGCGGCACCAAGAUCAACGAGGUGGACGUAGGGCCUGUGACCUCCUUCCAGCUGCAGAACCUCACAUCUCUCACAGAGUACACUGUGGGGGUGUCGGCCCUCUACGAUGAGGGACAAGCUGAGGCCACGACCGACAGCUUCACAACCAAGACCGUCCCGGACCCCCUGGACAUCAGCAGCACAGACAUCUCCACAGACAGUUUCAGGGUGAACUGGAGACACGCGGCUGAAAACGUCCUUCUGUACAGAGUCACCUGGACGUCCACAGAUGGAGGCGACAGCGACGAGGUUUUGGUGAAUGGCAACACCAACACGUACCUGAUCAAAGGCCUGACCCCAGCCACAGAGUACGAGGUUCUUCUGGCGGCCAUUUACGCCAACGAGGUGGAGAGCGAUGAGGUCAUCCUGCUGCAGACCACCGCCAAAAGAGCCACGACCACAACAACCAAGGCCACGACCACCACAACUACCACAGCUCCGCGGUUUGGUAUCAGAAACAUGCGUCUGGAUGAUGAGACAACGUACAGUCUCCGAGUGACGUGGCAACCAGUGGACUCCAGGAAUAUCCGCCAUUUUAGACUGAGCUACGUGAGCGCCAAGGGAGACCGCGCUGAGGAGACGCGCACCGUCCCGGCGGGCCAGAGCAGCCUCCUCCUUCAACCUCUCCUCUCUGACACCGAGUACAAAGUGUCUGUGACUCCGGUUUACUCCGAAGGGGACGGUCCCAGCUCCUCGCGCUCGGCUCGCACACUUCCUCUGUCGGCUCCGAAGAACCUGCGUGUGUCGGGGGAAUGGUACAACCGCUUCAGGAUCAGCUGGGACGCCCCACCAUCACCCACCAUGGGGUACCGCAUCGUGUACCAGCCCACCAGCGCGCCUGGUCCUGCUCUGGAGACCUUUGUGGGGGAGGAUGUGAACACCAUGCUGAUCCUGAACCUGCUCAGUGGGAUGGACUACAGCGUCAAAGUCAUCGCCUCCUACACCACAGGCUCCAGCGAGGCUCUGAGCGGGAAGGCCAAGACCUUGUACCUGGGAGUGAACAACCUCAGAGUGUAUCAGGCCAAAGUCUCCAGUCUGUGUGUGCAGUGGCAGCCGCAGAGUCACGCAAGCGCCUACAAGGUUCAGAUAGAGGCCUUAUCAAACGGUCAGCAUCAGGAGGUGCAGCUCCCUGGGGGGUCUGUGCGUCACUGCUUCAUGAACCUGAAACCAAACGUUCAGUACAAAGUGAGUGUGAUCGCUCAGCUGCCGGACGGAACCCAGGGGUCAGCUGUGACUGUGACCGGCAACACACUUCCUGUUCCAACUCCACCUCCGACCAAACCUCCAACAACAACUCCAUUACCCACAAUCCCUGCUGCCAAAGAGGUGUGUAAAGCCGCCAAAGCAGACCUGGUCUUCCUGGUGGAUGGAUCCUGGAGCAUCGGAGACGAGAACUUCCUGAAGAUCAUCGGGUUCCUCUACAGCACCACCGGGGCUCUGGACCAGAUCGGACCCGACGGGACUCAGGUGGCCAUCGCUCAGUUCAGUGAUGACGCUCGCACUGAGUUCAAACUCAACUCUUACAGCGACAAAGAGAAACUCCUGGACGCCAUCAACCGUAUCAGCUACAAGGGCGGCAACACCAAGACCGGCCGGGCGAUCCAGCAUGUGAGGGAGCAGAUCUUCACCGCAGAGGGGGGCGUGAGGAGGGGGGUCCCACGGGUCCUGGUGGUGCUGACGGAUGGACGGUCCCAGGACGAUGUCAACAAGGUGUCCAAGGAGAUGCAAGUGGAAGGCUUCAUCGUCUUCGCCAUCGGCUUUGCGGACGCAGAUUACGGCGAGCUCGUGAGCAUCGCCAGCAAACCCAGUGACAGACACGUGUUCUUUGUGGACGACCUGGACGCCUUCACCAAGAUUGAAGAGAAGCUGGUGACGUUUGUGUGUGAAGCUGCGACGGCCACCUGUCCUUCAGUCCCCAUGAGCGGCAGCACCACUCCAGGUUUCCGGAUGAUGGAGCUGUUUGGCCUGGUGGAGGACAGAUACAGUGGUCUGGCGGGAGUCUCUCUGGUCCCAGGAACCUUCAACACCUUCCCCUGCUUCAGACUGCACAAGGACUCCCUGCUGGCCCAGCCCACCAAGUUCCUCCACGGUGAAGGCCUGCCCUCGGACUACACCAUCUCGCUGCUCUUCAGGCUCCUUCCGGACACUCCUCCGGAACCUUUUGCCGUUUGGGAAAUCCUGGACAAGAACAACGAGCCGCUGGUUGGGGUCAUCCUUGACAAUGGAGGAAAAACUGUGACGUUCUUUAACAACGAUUACAAAGGUGACUUUCAGACUGUGACGUUCGAGGGACCGGAGAUCCAGAAGCUGUUCUAUGGGAGCUUCCAUAAGCUACACAUUGCCAUCAGUAAAACCAGCGCUCGUGUGGUCAUCGACUGCAAAUCUGUGACGGAGAAAAGCAUCAACGCGGCAGGAAACAUCAGCACCGACGGCAUGGAGGUCCUGGGGAGGAUGGUGCGGUCCAGGGACAACCGCCCAAGCGCAGCCACGUUUGAGCUGCAGAGCUUCGACAUUGUCUGCAGUACGUCGUGGGCCAACAGAGACAAGUGCUGUGAGCUGCCAGGACUGAGGAAAGAGGCUGACUGUCCAGCGAUGCCCAAAGCCUGCACCUGCACCCAGGACAGUAAAGGACCCCCGGGACCCCCAGGACCUCCAGGAGGUCCUGGGAUCCGAGGAGCCCGAGGAGAUAGAGGAGAGCCCGGUCCAGUGGGUCCCAUGGGUCCUGUUGGAGAGACCGGAGUGGCUGGACCCCAGGGGCCUCAGGGUCCUCAGGGGCCCAGCGGACGCUCCAUCAUCGGGGCUCCGGGAGGUCCUGGAGAACGGGGACAGAAGGGAGACGCAGGACAGCCGGGACCCCAGGGCAUUCCAGGGCGAUCGGGCUCUCCUGGACCAGCCGGAGUUGCUGGACAACGAGUGAGUGUAUUUUAA